AUGGAAUACCAACGUCUGGGGAAAAGUGGCCUCAAAAUCUCCAGAAUAAUCCUAGGCUGCAUGACAUUCGGCAAUCCAGCCUGGGAAGGUUCACCCUGGGUCCUAGACGAGGCACAGUCCCUGCCACUCAUAAGAAAAGCCUACGAGAUGGGAAUCAACACCUUCGACACAGCAAACACGUACUCAAACGGCGUCUCAGAAACAAUCCUCGGCAAAGCCCUCAUCAAAUACUCGAUUCCACGAAGUCGAGUCGUAAUUAUGACAAAAAUCUACUACCCAGUUCUCGAAGAAGACCUAGACGCUCGACCAAACCCAGCAAUCAACGACGGCCCACUCGUCAACCAAAUGGGUCUCAGUCGGAAACACAUCUUCGAUGCCGUGGAGGGAUCUCUCCGUCGACUGGAUACAGAAUACAUCGAUGUAUUACAGCUGCACCGGCUCGACAGCGAAACCCCCCCGGAGGAGAUAAUGCGCGCUCUCCACGACCUCGUUCAGAUGGGAAAGGUCCGGUACUUGGGCGCAUCAAGUAUGCACUGCUGGGAAUUCGCCCGACUGCAAUACAUAGCGAAGAUGAACAACUGGACUACCUUUGUGAGUAUGCAGGGACUAUAUAACCUCCUCUAUCGCGAAGAAGAACGGGAGAUGAAUCCGUUCUGUGAAGCGGAGGGGGUGGGAUUGAUUCCUUGGAGUCCGUUGGCGCGAGGAUUAUUGGCUCGGCCGUGGAACGAGGGGUCCGCGCGUGCGGAUCAAGAUGAGAAGAGUAAGAAGUGGUUUGUUGGAGGGCAGAAUGAGGAGAUUGUUCGUCGGGCUGGGCUGUUGGCGACGAAGAAGGGCUAUGAGAUUGGGGCGAUUGCUAUGGCUUGGCUAUUGCAUAAAGGGGCUUGUCCGAUUGUUGGGUUGAAUAGUGAGAAGAGGAUCGAGGGGGCUCUGCAGGCGCUGGAUGUUCCAUUAUCGAGGGAGGAGCUAGAGUGGUUGGAAGAGCCGUAUUUGCCUUUGGCUGUUCAGGCUAUUUGA